AUGACACUGCAUGCAGCACGCGUGAUGCUGCUUGCCUUUGGUUUGCAUGACAACUUAUCGCGUGAGCACAACGUGAAGUUGGUAGAAACACCAGUGACAGAAACGAUGGAGCGGCUGCUGGCGCCAGAUCUAAGUGGGGCGCCGAGUGUAGCCGGUACACCUGCUCUUCCUCGUCGGUACCUGCGCUGUGCAGCUCUGAGUGGUGCUUGCCUUCUGCUUGCACUGCUGGCGUACUUGCCAGCAUUGCAUGCUCCUCUACCACGUACCGAUCCACAACAUGCCGCCAUUGCUGGCUGGGCCCGCAACCGCUCCAGAGACCUACGACUGUAUGUACUGCCAGAGAAUGUUACAACCCUCCUUCAGCCUUCAUGGUCUUGUGGUGCCAACACACCUUACUUAUUGGUAGUUGUUUGCUCUGCCCUGGAGCAUGCAGCCACUCGAGCUGCUAUCCGUGACACUUGGGGCAGUUUGCGUGAAGUGGAAAACAUGACUGUGCACCUUGCCUUCUUGGUUGGCAUGCCUUCCCCAGGGUCUUCCUCUGCAGAGCACCUGCAGGAAGCACUGGAUGAAGAGUCAGCACGUUAUGGUGAUCUGGUUCAGGAAAAUUUUGUAGACUCCUACAACAAUUUAACUUUAAAGACUGUCUUCCUUCUCAAAUGGGUUCGCACUCACUGUGCAGGUGCUCGCUUUAUUAUGAAAACAGAUGAUGAUAUGUUUGUCAACAUCCGUUCUCUUGUUGUACUUUUGCUGGCUAUUGAGAGAGGAAGAGCUCGUGCGCUGAUAAAUGGUAUCUCUGUUGCAUUACCUGGGGUUUCAGGCCGACCCCCACUUUCACCUGGUCCUAUUCUUCUUGGAGCUCUCAUCUGUGGGGCUCGACCAAUUACUAAUGCCAGCAACAAAUGGUAUGCUCCAAAAUACAUGUAUCAAGGCAGAAUAUAUCCAAAUUACCUCUCUGGAACAGGCUAUGUUAUGUCAGCUGAUGCGGUUGGACCACUUUAUUCUACAGCCCUUCGUACACCAUUCUUCCAUUUAGAAGAUGUAUUUCUCACAGGCAUAUGUGCUCGCCAAGCUGGUCUUAGGCCCAGGGAUCACCCAGCAUUUGCUUAUACCAAACGAAAAACUGAUGCCUGUGUACUACGUGACAAAUUGGUUGUGACAUCUCACCAUAUGGAACAAGCAGCUCUGAAACAAGUUUGGUCUGCUAUGCAGCAGCCAUCUCUCAACUGUACACCUUCAAAGGUUCAGACAUCACAAAAACCAAGUAUGAGGCCCCUAGGGAGAAGAGUUGCUGGUGUUCGGAGGCCAGGUUUUCGUUGUGUGUGAGUCUAGGUUACCAAAAUUUCAAAACUGUUUUACCUGUGCCUCUGCAGUGAAUGAUGUCUUGGUUUCUAUUGCUGCCUAUGUUUUUCUGCAAGUGGAUUUCUCUGAGCAUAUUUAGUCUCCUUACGUGGCCAGUGGAUGAUUGUGUCACAAAGUUAUUUUCCUCUUAACAUUCGCAAGCCCAAGAUAUAAUUAUUGUUAUAAAUCAUUCACAUCGUUCACUCAAUUAAAUUGUAUAAACUGGUGGUUCUGUGACCAAUACAUUCUUCCAUGCCAGUAUGUGGCUAAAACAUAGAGUAUUUCUGAUACUGUGUAAGUGAGGAUUUUUACUUCUAUUGUAAGUUAUAAAUUCUUCCUCAAGAGGUCUCUGGUAACCAGAGAUGUAUUACAGUAUUAGAGAACUAUUCAAUUCUAUAGUUGUAUGCAUCCAAUCCAUAAUUGCAAAUGUGAUUAUUGAAUUCUCAUAGAUUUUUAAAUAUCUCUACUAACUUGAAUAUAUAACUACAUUUCCCAAAAAUGGCAGGUUUGCAUGGACUGGGUUAGGUGUAAGAGUGUGAAAGUGUGAGAGUUUCUUUUUAUGUUUCAGUUUAGUUAAUUUUAUUUUGAAGUAGUUUAUUCUUGGGGUUUUACAGCUUGGCAAUUUAAAACUUAUCAGUGCAUGGAUCUCUGCCUCAUUGUGUUGUGCUGUUUUUGAAUUUUGCAUGAAAAGGCGAUUUCAUACUUUGUUUCAAUUCUUGCAUUCUUUUUAUCAUUAUUAACAUGAUCUGUUUGGUAUGUACACCUACAAGGUUUCUCUUUCUCUGCCUUUCUUAUUCCAGUCAUUUAUCCACCUACCAUUUUUCCCUCUGUUCUUCGUUUCCUUAUACUUGCAUUUCGUUUGUCCAUUUUUCCCUUGUUUUGCUUUUGCUUUUUCCUAUCAUCUUCUCUCUCCUCUUAUAUCCCUGCUAUUUUCUUAACAUUUCAUUUUUCUCAUUAUUGACUGUUCACCUCUUCUUUGAACCUUAUCAUAAAUACUUCAGUUUCUCUCCUUGGGAACAUAAGGUUGUGUGUGUUCACUGCGCUCCAUAGUUCUUUUUCUUAUUAAUUUGCUAGCUCUUCUUAUCACUGUAUAGAAUUCGUAAAUCUGCAUCAUUUGCUUGUUAAUUAUUAUCUGAGAGUUUCAACCAGGAAUGAAAUAGUGUAAUUUUUAUGCAAAUUCCAUGAAAAAAAAUAAUACUUGAAUGUAAAUUGUAUGAGAGUGCAGUUACAUGCAUGAAAAUUUGCAUCUAAUAAUGAACAUAAUACAUAUAAGGCUUUUGUUGGCUGUGAAGAACAAUCAGUCCAUCAUUAAAAUGAUACUAUAUAAAUGGUAUUCAUUAUAGUAAUUUUUAUUUCAUUGUAUAUACAACAGUUAAUAAUCUUUGUAAGCCAGAAUCACAGUCAUUGGACUUUAAUUCACACAGGGACUUAAAAAAGUGCUCCUUAAAACAGCAAAAAAGUAUGUGCUACCAGAGUUAUGACCCAAUGAUUGAAAAACAAUAAUGUAAUGUUUCCAAUUUACCAAAAACGAUGCACUAGAUCUACAUCUGUCCGCCGUCCACUAGUCCGUCCGUUUUCUCUUUUCAACCAACUUCUUUACUCAUUUAUGUUAAUUUUUUCUGUUUUAUUUUUCAAGCUAUCAAUUUGGAUUCACCUGAUCUCUACAAAUUUGUUUGAAGUUUUCUUGUGUCUCUGAGCCUUUUCUAUUUGUUUGUUUUUUAUAACCAUUCUUUAUUUCUCCAAUUAUCUCUAGUCUCAUUUUACUGUGUUAUUUCCCUUAGUCUGGCCCAAUUGGUCUUAUAAGUCAAGUCUAUGUUCAUUAAUCACUAUUCCCUGUCUUUAUUCAUUCCAUACUUUAUCUCUACCGUCCUACAAGUUCUUACCUGCUUUUUCUCUCUCUCU